GUAUUUAGAAAAACUCUCGCCAGACUUGCUUCUUUCUGCCUCCGAUCGGAAUUAAAUCCGAAAUAUCUCUAGCUAUAAACGGAGAACCAGCAAAAAACAGUGUGGAACCUCCGCCAUUACAACUGCGCUCGGUGUGGAACAUCCUGGAAGUGGUCCCGAAGAUUGGUGUCGCAAAGACAGGAAGAAAGUCGCAACUCUUCCUUCCGAGGGCCUAAGAAAGAAGGGCCUCUUCCCUUGCGCGAAAGCAAUUUACGACGUGAAGUGAUUUUGAUUGUUUCGUGUCCCAGUGCAAGUUUUGCGGAAAAUCGGUGAUUUUACUUCCGUUUGUUGGAUUGGCGUUUCCAGUGCUAAACGGUAGUUACAUUUUUGCAUCGUUUCGGAAAUUGCAACGGGGAUCUUCGGGGUGGAAGUUGAGAAGUUUUGCGAUCCCCCUCCCCUCCUGUUUUUAGAGAUUAAGUAAAAUUCUUUUAUGUGAUUUUUGAGCUAUGCUCUAAGCCAGCCAAUCAGCGAAACAUGAGAACCAAAAAGACCACAAAACCGGCGCCGAUUCUUGCCUCGUCCUCGAGCGAAAACGGCAGCCCGGAGAAGGUCACAAAUAAUGAUCCUCCUGCUACCAACGGUACGGCAGAGGAAGAUCCUUCGGAUAGUGUCAUUUUAAUCGAGAAUGACUCUAUCAAUGUACCAGCCACAGAAAAUGGCAUUGCCAAUGAUAAAGAGAACGAUGAUGCUGGAAAUAGCUCAUCCAAUGAGGAUAAACCGGCGGAGGAUGAACCUGAGGGAAAAGAAGAUACCGGAAAAGCCAAGAAACCGCCCGUUAAAGUUAUUCGGCUAGUUUCGAUUGAGAAAUUGAUGAGGCCAAGCCUCCUACCAACCGUCAAUGUUGAAGAUUCGAACAAAAGAUCAGUUCUCAAGACCAAUUCGGUCGAUAAGCCCAGCAGCAAGCGAUCGAAAAAUGCCAGCGUGAUCGAAAUCAGCGACACCGACGAAGACGAAGAUGAUGUUCCUUUGUCGAAGAAGGUCAAGAUAGAAGACGACUUUGUUCAGAACUUGUCCAGUGAUGACGAAAUAGUUCCGGUGAAGAAGAAACUUGUCCAUAAGCCAAAGAAGGCGGGCAAGAUAGUGAUUGACGAUGAUGAGGAAGAUGAACCUUUAGCAAAACGACAGAACUCGACAGUCAAGUCUAGCAAGAGCAAGCAGAAGCAAGCAAACGUUCCAGACGGCUGCAAGAAUUUCAAGGUGCGGGUACAGAAGCUACCGGCGGACCUGAAGUCGUUUAUAAAAGACCACAGUUUAAGCAGUAUCCUCGAUCAGAGAAAUCAAGAGAUAACUGCGUUCAAAUCGAACACAAACUACUAUGGCGAAUUGGACCGUCGGAGGAAGACGGGUGGGGCAGAAUCAAGCAAGUCAAAGGCGAAAGGUGACAAGAAGGGCGACGGCAAAAAUCAAGUUAUUCUGUCGAGUGAAAGUGAUAAUAACGACUCGGACGAACCAAUCGCGAGCAUUAUCUCUAAAUCAGACAACAUUCCCAAAAAUAAAACCAUGUCCAAGAGAGGGGCUCGUUCCCGACGUCAGUUAAGCGAAAGCGAAGACGACGAAGGAAGCGAUGAGGAUUUCGAGGUGAAGUCCAGUAAGGCGAAACCGAAGGAAUUGGAGAAGAAACCUCGGGGAAGGGGUAGACCUCGCAAAAAGGUGUCCUCGGAAGAAGAGGAGGAAGAAGAGAAGAGUGGCAGUGAAUCGGAUGAUUUCGAAGAGGAGAAGCCUCAGCCGAAGAAGAAACGAUCGCGAAUCAAGAAGAACUCGUCUUCGUCGUCGGAUGAAGAUGGUGGCGACAAGAAAAAGCGCAAACGCAGCAAAAAGAACUCCGGCAGUGAAGACGAAGAUGAUUCGCCUACAAAAGGGCGAAAGAACAUCCGUAAGUUGUUGAAAAAGUCUGCCUUGGAGCAGACGACAAAAGAGGCUGAACAGGAAGAGAAGGAGCGCAAGCAGCGAAUCGCCGAGCGGCAAAAAAUGUACAACCAAGUAUACGACGAGAAACCUGAGGAGGUGAAGGAGAUUAAGCAACUGGUACUGGACUUUGACGAGGAAUCCAAGGAACCACUUUUGCAAGUGGACGAGAAGCUGGUGAAGAAGCUAAAGCCGCAUCAAGCGAACGGCAUUAAGUUUAUGUUUGAUGCCUGUUUUGAGAGUUUGGAACGGGCCCGCGACAGUAAGGGAUCUGGUUGCAUUUUGGCCCAUUGCAUGGGUCUGGGAAAGACCCUUCAAGUGGUAACGUUGUCUCACACUCUGCUCGCUAACAGUGAAGUCACCGGAGUCGAACGGAUAUUGGUAGUCUGCCCUUUGUCCACGGUGCUCAAUUGGGUCAAUGAAUUCCGGAUUUGGAUGAAGCACGUCAAGAAGGGAACCGAGGUGGAAGUGUACGAAAUCUCAAAAUACAAGAACAACGUUAUUCGCGCCAAUCAGCUGAUGGAAUGGCACAACGAGGGUGGUGUCAUGAUCCUGGGGUACGACAUGUUCCGAAACCUAUCGAAUCAGACAACCGGUCGGAUUAGGAAAAAGGUUCGAGAAUCGCUGCAAACGUCAUUGAUCGAUCCCGGUCCGGAUCUAAUUAUUUGCGACGAAGGUCAUCUGCUGAAGAAUGAGAAAACGUCACUAUCGAAAGCGGUCAACAGAAUCAGAACCUUGCGGAGAAUCGUAUUGACCGGAACGCCUAUUCAGAACAACAUGAAAGAAUACUACUGUAUGGUGCAGUUCGUGAAGCCCAAACUUCUCGGAACGUACAACGAAUACAUGAACCGCUUUGUGAAUCCCAUCACGAAUGGACAGUACACCGAUUCGACACCGUACGAUAUUCAGCUGAUGAGAAAACGAGCUCACGUGUUGCACAAACUGCUGGAUGGAUGCGUGCAACGGCGGGAUUACGCGGUGCUGGCUCCGUUCUUGCCCCCGAAGCUCGAGUUUGUAGUGUCGAUCAGACUGACCCCGUUGCAGUGCACGCUUUAUAAGUAUUAUAUGGAGACGCAAGCCCGCAAGCAAAACAAUGAGGAAAGCAAACGGGCUUCGGUUUUGUUCUCCGAUUUCCAGAAUUUGCAGCGAAUCUGGACGCAUCCGCGCGUUCUUCGUUACAACAGCGAUCGCUAUGAGUACAUGCAGCAGAAGAAGCGUGAUAUGAUGUCCGACGAUGAGUCGAUCGGUUCGAUGAAAGACUUCUUGGACGACGAAGAUAGCGAAGCUGAAGACACGCCCUCGGAUUCGGAAUCGGAAUCGAGCUCGGGCAGCAGUGACGAUAGCGAUGGCAGCCACAAGAAGAGCAAAAAAUCGAAAAAGAAGGCCGACAAAAAGUCCUCGUCAGCUGAUGCUGCUGCUGCGGCCUCUCGGCGAACCCGUAACAAUCCGGAUGUAGAAGAGGAAGAUCUUCCAGAUGUCCAAGAGCAGAAAAAUGAAAACCCCACCGAGUGGUGGAUGUCUAUGGUUCCCGAGGAGGAGCUGGAUAACCUGGAACAUUCGGGAAAACUGCAGGUGCUGUUUGAAAUCCUUAAGGAAUGUGAAGCCAUCGGUGAUAAGCUGCUGGUCUUUUCGCAAUCUCUCUACUCGCUCGAUGUGAUUGAGCACUUCCUGUCUCUGGUAGAUGAUAAUACCCAAAAGGAUGACGAGGAACGGGAUAGCAAACUCGAUAAAUACCAGGGCUCAUGGACGUUGGGAUUGGACUACUUCCGAUUGGAUGGUUCCACAGCCAUCGAGAGUCGAAACGCUGCAUGCAAAGUGUUUAAUGAUGAUAGUAACCACCGCGCUAGGUUGUUCCUUAUUUCCACAAGAGCAGGAGGACUGGGCAUCAAUCUCGUGGCAGCAAAUCGCGUUAUAAUUUUUGAUGUUUCGUGGAACCCUUCCCAUGAUAUUCAGAGCAUAUUCCGAGUGUAUCGGUUUGGUCAGAUCAAACCUUGCUAUAUCUACCGGUUUCUAGCUAUGGGUACAAUGGAAGAGAAGAUCUACGAGCGGCAAGUUACUAAGCAGGCUAUUUCGAAGCGUGUUAUCGACGAACAGCAGAUCGAUCGGCAUUACAAGGAAAAUGAUCUGCAAGAGUUGUACCGCUAUGACAACAUAGAACCAGAAGAGGAUCGUCCGGUGCCGAAUCUGCCCAAGGAUCGGUUAUUUGCCGAGCUGUUGAAAAAGUAUGAGAAGCUACUCUACAAAUAUCACGAGCACGAUUCGCUCCUGGAGAACAAAGAAGAAGAAACGUUGAAUGAGGAGGAACGCAAGGCCGCUUGGGAGGAGUUUGAGCAGGAGAAGAAUCGUCCGCCUGUUACCAAUUACGGUAUGGGUGGCUACGGAGGCAUGGGUAUGGGCAUGGGAAUGAAUAUGGGGAUGGGGCGAGCGAAUGGUCCUGUUACUUCCAGCAACAUUUUCGGCUUCAGAACAGAUGUUCUGCUUAAGCUCCUGAAUAUGAAAGCACGACAGGAUAAUCCCAGCUUCAACGAGACCAGUAUCGCUGCUAUGAUUCCAUACCUGAUGCAGGAACUCGUCCGGCAGAUGAAAGAUGGUGAUCUAUCGAUGUACAAAAGUUUGACCGAUUUGUACUACCAACUUGAGGCACCGCAGAAUAUGUACUCCAAUAUGGGUUACAACCAAAUGAUGAUGCAACCGCAGCAGGUUCCAAUGAUGCAGCAACAGCAUAUGCAACGGCCAAUGGUGGCCAAUAAUGUUAACCAUCCGGGCGCUGCGAACAGCGGUGCGUAUUCGAUGGAUCAAAUUCGGUACCUCCGACAGCAGGAGCAGCUGCGUUACCUUCAAAUGAAUGAAGCUAGCAGCAGCGGAGCGAACCGAGGCACGAUCAUCAGCGAAGCACAAAAACGAUUCAUGAAUAACCCCGUGGAAAUAGUGGAACUAGAUUAAGCUGAAACUCCCUGAUGUACGUGGCAGUAGCUGAAGAGCUGAAAGCAGUGACAGGUGCUUAGCUUUACAGAGAGCUACAGAGUAAUAGCAACGAAAGAAGACAAUAAUCGAAUUCACCGUGAAUAUGGAAAUGUAUCGUGUUCAUAGAUAGUGACGAUCAAGCUGCAGAGACCUACCGAAGAAUAGGUUUUUCGGCAAAACUAAUUAGGCUGAUGCACGCAGCGCUGGAUGGCUCAAAAUCGAGAAUAGCAGACAAAGAGGUUGUCAUUUUCAUAAGUAUGAGAAAGCAUGAAUAGCCUUGCCAAACAACUCCAUGACGAAGUAAAUGGUUUCAGGAACACACAAGGGCGCGACGGUGUUUGCAGUUGUUCAAGAUCUUGUUUACCUUGGAGGAAUGAAAAGGAAAGCAUCUUGAAGCGCGAAUAUAAG